AAUAUACAUAUGUACGCUUGUGACUGCCGAUGUAAAGCUGAAAAAGUUGCGAAAAAUUGGAAAAAUUAUUUACAAAAAUAUUUUAAUAAAAUAAAAAUUCAGCGCUUGUUGGUGUUGUAGCUCGAUAUUCUCACUUUGCCGUACUGCCGUUGUGAACUCAUACAGUUUCUGCUGUUUUUUGCUUUGUGGCUAUAUAUUCCUCAUUUUGCAUUUUGUUUGCUGUUGAAAGUUAAUACAAACAGGAUGCGAAACCAAUAUAUCAAGAUCAAGCCGCUGUGGAAACGGGUUCGCAGGCAAAGUGCGGGUGAAAGCGAAAAACUGAAACUACAAAAAACAAUAUUCUUGAUAAAAAAUGUAUAAAAACUUUUUUUAGACAAGCACAUCGGCAAGUAGCAACUUACUUUUCCUUCCCCUCAGCCAUCACAUUUGUAUGAAUAAUUUUUUCUUAUCACAAAAUGCUCAUCAGGUGGCAACGCCAAUGGCGAUGUUCGCUGAGCAUGUCAUCAAACGUGUCUGACAACUUGUAGCACGUCUUAUCACAGACUUUAGUACAAGUUUUACGGUCCGAGUGUAAAGAUAAGCUUAAACCAAUUGAACGGAAUAUGUCCGAACUGCAAAGUGUUUCAUGUCUCGGUGGCGGCGUGCAUUUCUGGAAGGAAUUCAUAAAAAUCUAUGAGAAUUCGCCAGCUCUUUGGGAUACAAGAAGUAUGGCUUACAAAAAGCCUUACCUCAAGCGCGAAGCCUACGUUAAGCUGCGCGAUAAGCUACGCGAAAUAGAUCCAGACGUGCAAGUGGACUAUGUGAAACGGCGCAUCAACGGCUUGAGGUCCUGCUACAGGCGUGAAUUGCGGCGCAUACAGGAUAGCAAAAUGAAAGGUGACGACUUGUAUAGACCAACUUUGUUUUACUUCAAAGAGAUGCAAUUUCUUGAUAAUGUGCUCGACAUUGAUUUGGAACGUGAUGCGCGCGAAGGCAAAGUGGAAAGACGUGGCCGUAAACCAAAUUCCAUUAAUAAACUUUCGAAGAAAGUCGUCCGAAGAGAUUCAUCGACUACCUCGGACUCUGAAGAAGAUAGCUGUGAUAAAUCCUCAACAUCAUCAUCAGCGGCACAACAACAACAACAAAACCAGCAACCCACCGCACUCCCAACAACAUUGUACGCCAAUGCCAACGUCACGCGGUCGCAAGAUACCAGUGCUGAAACACAGUUUGCCACUACAUCCGACACCUCAUACACAACACUCGCCUCCACGCCUUGGGCCCUAUCGCUGGAAGCACAAACUUUGGGAGCUAGUUGGGUUGCGCUCUAUCAUCGUUUGGACCGCAAUCAGCAGCUGUACGCCAAUAAGGCCAUAAUGGAAGUGUUGUACCAGGGCGCAUUGGGCCGUUUACAUGCCGACUCAUACAAAGCUCUGGAGCGUGAAAUGAGCCACAAUUUCCUGGAUGAUCAUCGCAUAAUGGAAGCGAUCAAUGAGGAGUUGGCGACUGAUUUUAUAACCAAAGUGGAUGGGGGUGGUCUUUACUGAGAGAAAUUAUAUGAUUUCAUUUUAUAGGUAUACUUUUUGUUUUGGCGUAUAUUUGGUAUUCUGUAGAAGGACAUCGAAGCUUACUUUAAUUAAUUCAGAAUACCUAGAAGCAAAUAUCAUUAGGAAAUAUAAUAUAAUAUUUUAUAUGAGAAUUUCAGAUGCGCAUAACUGGACAGUUUAGUUGUUAAGUGAGUAGAUUUAGAAAUACGAGAACACAUACAUCAUGCGUACAUAUGUAGAUAUGUAUGAACGAGUAAUACCCGCACUGUUCGUUUUGUCCUUUUUCGUUAUAAGCCAAUAUAAAUUUAUUUUUAUUAAUAGUUUUUUACUUUGUUAUU